UUUUUUACUGGACGUUAGACAGCAGUCAGUCAGAUAAGUUAGAUGUAGUUUAUGCAGCGUUUUGGAGCACUUUUAUAUUGGUAUUAGUCUGAAGGCUGUUUAUUUACACUGCUGAGAUAAUCCAGUUAACAGUCGUUUCAGUUUUCGCGGUGAGCUGAAUAACUCCGUUACGUUUAGCCGCUAUGUUGACACGACAGGGAGGAUUAGCAAUGAAGUUAGGCGUGUCGAGACAAUUAACAGACUAGCCAGCUAGCUAACGAUAACACCAAGGCCAGGAACUGAAGGCCAUAACUGCUGUUAUCAGUCGUGUUUUUUUUUAUAUCCAGAAGAUUAUUGAUAUGGCGUUGUGGUAGUCUUGCUGCGAUAAUUGUUAGCAGCAUUUUGGUGUGGCUAGCUGAGCGGAGAGAGAUACAAAAACGUCAAGGCAAAACCUGGCUGAGUUUUCGCUUUUCAAAGUUGAUGUUUCCUGUUGAAAUGAAGUAACUGCGAGAUCACCCAGCUGCUAUGGUGUCUGCAAUACCACUGCACCUGCCGAGUUGAACGACUGACAGAGAGACACCGGUGCAGCAUGAAGGCCAUCGGGUCCAGACUGUCCUUCUGCGCGGGUUUCGCGGUGGGAACCCUCACUCUGUACGUGUUUCUGCGGCAGGUGUGGUUGGAGAAAACGUUGUCAACACAGCAAUCUGAUAAAUUCCUUGACAACCAGCAACAGUUAAAUGACGAAGAUACGAAAGUAUGGAAGAAGGAGAGGUCUGCUCUUUUCAACCUGAAACACCCUCAUCAUACAGGUGAGGACAGCAGCAUGGCCGAUGAGCUAUACAAAAAGGUGCGUAUUCUUUGCUGGGUGAUGACUGGACCCACGAACCUGGAAAAGAAGACUCGUCAUGUGAAGUCCACGUGGAGUCGACACUGCAAUAUUUUGAUCUUCAUGAGCUCUGUAGAUGACCCGGACUUCCCCACAGUGGGCUUAAAUACAAAGGAGGGUCGGGACCAACUGUACUGGAAAACGAUCAAGGCCUUCCAUUAUGCCUAUGAGCAUCAUGCCCACGAGGCGGAUUGGUUCCUCAAGGCAGAUGAUGACACCUACGUAGUUGUAGACAACCUGCGGUGGAUUCUUGCGAACCACACGCCAGAAGAGCCAAUUUACUUUGGCCGAAGAUUCAAGCCCUACACAAAGCAGGGCUACAUGAGUGGAGGAGCGGGCUAUGUGUUGAGCAGAGAGGCUCUGCGGCGAUAUGUCGAAGGAUUUAAAAGCAAAGUGUGCACUCACACUACCCCUGUAGAGGACCUGGCAAUGGGGCAGUGCUUGGAGAAAGUCGGGGUGCUGGCAGGGGACUCCAGAGACUCGUCACACAGGGAGACAUUUCACCCAUUUGUCCCAGAGCAGCACCUCACCGCCAAGUUUCCUAAGAGCUUCUGGUAUUGGAGCUACUGCUACUACCCCAUCGCUGAGGGUCCAAACUGCUGCUCGGAUGUGUCCGUGUCAUUCCACUAUGUAAAUGCAUUACAUAUGUAUUUAAUGGAGUACUACACAUAUCACCUGCGUGCCUAUGGCUACAGAUACCGUUACCAGCCCCCUGUCCCGCUAGGAUACAGUUUUUCAGAGUCAAGUUUGCUGGGUGCUGCAGAAAGUAAAGAAGAACUCAUUUCCAGGGAGAAAGUAAUGGUGGAGGGGGGCGAUCCGUCCGAUACUGACAAGAAACAGGAUGCAGAUCCUCCUCCUGCCGCUGUGGAAGUCGCUCCUGCUGCUCCAGCAGCAAAAUAACAGUUUGAAUGUGUGCAUGAAAGGAACUGAUCUUUUCAGGUAGGCCGACGUGGGUUCUGAAUGUUUCUGGUUAAUACGAAGGUAGAAAAACAGUCCAUUUAGAUUUUAAAUGUCCCCACAUACGAAUGCGUCGCUGAUGGACUGCUCUAAUGUGAAUUGUGCACAAAAGACUGGUCUUAGGGAUACGAGGUGAUUUAUGUCUUUUAGUUUAGUUUUCUGUUUUUUUAGGUGUUUUUUAAGGUUUUCUUUUUAAAUUUGGAAUAGCUUUCUUUAAACUGCUUUUAUUUGGAAAAAAAGCACUUUUUGAAACCACGGGAACCUGGAAUGGGAACCAAGUAUUUCACAAAACCAGUUCAUUCAAAUUGUUCCCAAUAGGCGCGUUCACACCGCAGUACUUUUCCCACUUUAGUUCCGAUAUAGUUCCGAAAUGUUGCGUUCACACCAAAAAGAGCCGGAACUAAAAUUAGUUCAUGAGAACCUUUUCACCCCCUUUUC